GAAUAGAGCGACCUUUACCAACUCCACUCGCUGACUGUACAUGUACUGGAGAAAGGAGAAAUGGCUUGUUCUGCUCCAAGCACUAGCUGUGAAGCUGAGACUAGCCCUAACUCUGCUCCAAGCACUAGCUGUGAAGCUGAGACUACCCCUAACUCGAGCACAGCUCCUGACAGUAGCGGCCCCUCCAUAUCAACCUCCUCACAAUAUACCAGACCUAGACAGAGCCCGGCACAGGUGUCGAGAAGAGAUGACAUAGAUAUAGAGAUGGAGACAACAAACGAGCAGAGGAAGAGGAGCAGAGUUGCUGACGAUACAGGAGUGGAUAUUAUGGAUCACUCUGGGCUCUAUCACUCCAAGAGGUUCAAGACUCUGUACAAGGAUGGUGUAUUGCUGUGUCUACCACUCUCCAUAGACCAUCUCACGGAAAAAACUCCUGACAGGGUUGCUAGGGAAAUGGCCCGGUGCUUGCAUGAGACUAAGCACGUGCUUGUGAGGGAUGUGGUACGAGUGAUGGGGGUGCAAUGGUCACUGGAUAUCUUUGAGAAAACGGUGGUCAUCCAGGAGACUGGAGGGAGAAUGACAGCCACUGGAGACAAGAAGAGGGCACCAGGUGGCGUGUUUCUAACCCUUGUCAAGGAGCAGUGCUCCGACGAGGAAAGGAAAGAUAUCUUCUUCAAAGAGAAAUUAAUUACGGAUAAUAGAAAGAAAAUGAAGAAGAGACUGAAGAAAAAGAAUUUGGAUACAAUCUGUUCAGACGUGCCGGAGAGCUCCCCCACCAUUUCCGAGUGGAACUGCUCCUUGCCUGAGUUGCCUCGUAUCAGCAAGAACCUUCAAAAGAGACUGGGCAGACCAGCUCCUCUGAAAAGUGAGGAGGACCUCGGAAGUUACAGCAGUACAAGCAAACCAUCACUUGAGCCACUGGAUCCUGGGCAGUUACAAGAAGAGGAGAAAGCAGCUGAAGAUUUUGAGCAAACACUAGAUCUAGAAUAUCAACUUGACUUUAGUUAAUGAUUCUUAUUUUUGUCUUUCACCACCCAAUUAAUGAUGAUUCGAAUAAGAA